AUGGAGGCCAUACCACUGCUACUCUUCCUCGCCCUCCUCGUCCUCCCGGCGUACUGCCUGCAGUCGCCGCGGCAGUCCUAUCACCUCGAACUCGCCCGCGUGGACGCCGUGGACACGGGAAGCCUCAACAUCAGCGACCAUGAGCUCCUCCGGCGCGCCAUCCAGCGCAGCCGGGACCGGCUGGCCAGCAUCACGCCCCGCCUGUACCCGACCGGCAACCGCAAGGUGGUGGUGGGCGAGGCCCCGGUGCUGUCGGCCGGGGGCGAGUACCUAGUGAAGCUCGGCCUGGGCACGCCGCAGCACUGCUUCACGGCGGCCAUCGACACGGCCAGCGACCUCAUCUGGACGCAGUGCCAGCCGUGCGUCAAGUGCUACCGCCAGAAGGACCCCGUCUUCAACCCCAUGGCCUCGACCACCUACGCCGUGGUGCCGUGCAACAGCGACACGUGCGACGAGCUGGACACCCACCGGUGCGGCCGCAGCGGCAGCGAAAACGACGACGACGACGACGUGUGCCAGUACACCUACACGAGCGCGGGGAGGCUGGUCCUCGGCGCCGACGCCACCGCCAUGCGCAACGCGUCGGACCGGAUCGUGGUGCCCAUGUCCAUCAACCCGCGGUACCCGUCCUACUACUACCUCAACCUCAACGGGCUGUCCAUCGGCGACAAGGCCAUGUCCUCCUCCUUCAGGAGCAGCAUGAACGCGACGACUCCAGGUACUUCAGACGCCAACCCCAAUGUGGCGGCGUCUCCCGUGCCCGUGUCCGGCGACGGCGACGGCGGCACGGGCCCGAACGCGUUCGGGAUGAUCAUCGACAUCGCGUCAACGAUCACGUUCCUGGAGGAGUCGCUGUACGAGGAGCUGGUGGACGACCUGGAGGAGGAGAUCAGGCUGCCGCGGGGUUCCGGCUCGAGCCUGGGGCUGGACCUCUGCUUCAUCCUGCCGAACGGGGUGCCGAUGAGCCGCGUGUACGCGCCGUCGAUGUCACUGGCGUUCGACGGGGAGUGGCUGAGGCUGGAGAAGGAGCUGCUGUUCGUGGAGGACAGGGAGAGCGGGAUGAUGUGCCUCAUGAUCGGCAAGACGGACGGGGUGUCCAUCCUCGGCAACUACCAGCAGCAGAACAUUCAGGUCAUGUACAACCUGCGCCGGCAGAGGAUCACCUUCGUCAAGACCAACUGCGAAACCCUGACUCACUAG